AUGGGAAACACACAAUCGAACCAACCUUCCAACAGCACUACAUUAAGCAACGAGACCAACAACGAUUCCACAUUUACGGCACCAGAAACAGCAAAUCCUCUAUCACAGACAGAUCCCGCCAAAGCAGUAGCUGCAGGUCAACUACUUAACCAAAGUUCUUUUCGUAAUGACUUUGCCUCGAGUCCACAAUUUGCACGUUCGCCCUUGCUUCCACCUGAGCGAAAUGAAGAUAUUUAUUAUGAUGAAAAUAGCCAAGGAAGUUUAGCCUCAAGCUUUAAUGAGAGUGAGAUUCUGGCUGGUAUUGGUAGUGAUAGUCCCACCAAGAUGACUCUUGAGCCCCCUUCCACACCACCGUCCUCCUCGCCUUCGUCGGUUGAGCCGUCGCCUAAUACUGAUAAUGAAAUCCCUAAUGAAAUUAUCACGGAAGGAGAAGAUAUGAUUAAAUUGCAAGAUGAACAAGAAGAAAGCAAAGCUAUACCAACAAUUAUCACUUGGAGUCAAGGGGGGAAUAACGUAUUUGUUACCGGUAGCUUUAAUAAUUGGAAGAAAAACAUACGGCUAUGCAAAAGCUCAAAUGAUUUUACGACAGUAAUAGCUUUACCGUCUGGAACACAUAAAUUGAAAUUCAUUGUAGAUGAUGAAUGGAAAUGUUCAAAUGAUCUCGAAAUAGCAACCGAUUCAGAUGGAAAUCUGGUAAAUUAUGUAGAAGUCUUUGAAGACGAAGCCGUGAGUGCAAUAGACCAAGACACUCUAGAGCCAACAAAUAGCCCAGGUGUUUUGUGCACUACACCACCCGGCGAAUACACGUCCGAGAUUCCUGGAUAUUUACUUGCAUACGCGCAUUCUCUCAAUGUUGCGGAAAACAACUUGAUACAUCAUUAUCACAAUCAAGUUUCCAUGUCCCCACAUGAUCUUUUUCAAGGGGCGGAAUGUAUGGCUGAGAAUCAACCGCCAUCUUUACCGCCACAUCUUGAAAAAGUUCUUCUCAACAGUACAGUAUCAAAAGAAGAUAAUAGCGUUUUACCGGUCCCAAAUCAUGUUGUGCUUAACCAUUUGUAUGCCUGCUCUAUACGAGAUGGAGUAAUGGCUGUGGCUAGCACUGCAAGAUAUCGAAAGAAGCUAGGUGCAGGCAACAAUAACAUGAUGGUAAACUCUGGUGCUUUUCAAAGUCGUCAACCCAUACAGGCAGCUUCAAAUUCUGCGAUCCCACCGAUCUCCACCUUUGAAAAGUCCGUUUAUAAUCCAAAUAUAAGCACUGCUAAUAACGUGGUGGGUUUUCAAACUCAAAAUAGUGUCAAUGGGCUUGGUAUAGAUGUUUAUCAGCAGCAGCAACAGCAAGGGAUAAUUCGUCUGCCUCAGCAUUUAAGUCAAUUUAAUUCACCCCGGCAACAAAUUACACCACAACAAAAUUAUGCUCAAAUACAACAGACACAUCCGCAACAAUCUUCACAUCAAACUUUACACGAUGUGCAUCGAAGACAAAAUCCAAAACCCUAUGAACCAGCACCAGAUCUUAAUCCAGUGCAAAAGCAAAAUCUUGAAACGUAUAUUAAAAGAGAUGCCCUCUACCAAAAAGCAUUGGAUCUUCAACAUCGAAGACAAAUGGCAUUAAUCGCAGAGAAACGAAGAGAGAUGGAAAUUGCACAUAAUGAAAGGAAAACAAAUGCACGUAGCGCUUCAUCAGUUUUCGGUCCAGGCUAUGAUGGAUACGGAAAUGGGACGACAGGAAAUAAAUUUCGAAUAAUCUAUCCCCAUGAUCGGAAAAGAUUUAAAAAAACCAAAGAAUUUUCGUUUUCUGGAAGAGAGCUAGAAGAAAUAGCAUAUAAAGAGGAUUCAUUAGUACCAAUAAGAUUAGAAAUUGAUCUGGACGGACAUAAGCUACGAGACACAUUUACCUGGAACAUGAAUGAAACCAUCAUAACACCCGAACAGUUUGCGGAAGUUCUAUGUGAUGACUUGCGUUUUCCAAGUGCAUCAUUUGUGCCGGCAAUUGCAAAACAAAUCCAUGAACAGAUACAAGGAUUUUAUUUGCAUCCUGCAAUAACAGCAUCUACGUUGCCACCCUUAGCACCAAAUGAAGUAAAUAGUGGCAAAUCAACAGAAUCUUUUCUAAAGAUCGUUGAUAAGUUAAAGAAUGCAAAUAGUGGUGAAAAUAGUGAUGACAUGGAUAUUGAAAUCCCAGAACGGGUUGAUCAUGACCAGCUUGUUGAUGAAGGAGAAUUAAGAAUUUUAAUUAAGAUUGAUGUCACCGUGGGUAAUAUAUCCUUAGUGGAUCAGUUUGAAUGGGACAUAAAUUGCCAAAAAAAUGAUCCAGAACUUUUUGCUGAAAUACUGACGGCUGAGUUAGGUUUGGGUGGUGAAUUCAAAACCGCGAUUGCGCAUUCGAUACGCGAACAAGUUCAAAUUUAUGUUAAAUCGUUAAUUCUAGUGGGUCAUCCUUUUGACGGCUCGACUGUGCAAGAUGAUGAUCUUCGACAGAAUUUCUUACCGGCGUUAUCAUCUGUAAUAAGGAAAGAAGAGCAAGUCGAUCAACAUACGCCAAUCUUGGUUGAAUUGACCGAGGCUGAAAUCGAUAAGAUCGAAAAAGAUAGAGAACGAGAUGCGAGGCGUAAACGGCGUCAAACUCGAGGAAGAAGGGGAGUCAUUCUUCCAGAUAGGGAGCCUCCCAAAACUCACAGAACCUUAUUACAUAAUACCAUGCUUAUUCCUGAUCCCGCAGACGAAACUAGCCUCAUUCCAGUAAUUGCAUCGGGUAUGCCCCCGGUUCAACGUAAAGCAAGUUCUAUGGGCUAUGAUAACUAUUCGGCCAUAUCUGAGAAACCAGUGACACCCGCGCCUGGAAAAUUAAGAGGUCGAGGCCGCACGGCGGCUGUGGGAGGCAGUAACUUACGAAGUGCUAUGUCUGCAGAUAUGUCGGAUUCUCACAUGAAUCGAAGAUCAGGAUCAGCGAAUUCGAGCACAACAAUAAAAGAAUCAAAAGAAUCAACGAAAAGGCAAUAUCGACGUGCAGCAGCAGGUACAGCAAGUGAAGAAUGGACGUGUUUCAACUGUGGAUGUCUUUCCUCGCAGACGCCUCUGCUACGUAAAGGUCCUGGUGGAGAGAAGACGCUUUGCAACGCGUGUGGUCUCUACUUCCAAAAGAAUAAUACACUCAGACGUAUGACGGCGUCCGGUGAUAUGCAAAUGAGUACCUCAACAUCACAAGAAGGCAGCCCUACAAGGGCAUCGUCAUUAGCUGCAGAUUCUUCUUCGAUCGUUCAUCCCAAACCCACUAGAAUAUCUAAUAUGACAUCAAUUUCGAAUUUGGAAUCUAUGUCGGAUGAAAUGCAGGAAGAUUCUAAAAUAUCAACAAAUAAUGAAACUUCGGAUAAGAUUAGCAGUACAUCAAACACGUCUAACCGAAACGUUGCAGCAACAUCUGGUUCUUCACAUAAAGACUCUUCUGAUACUUUAUCUAAUAAAACCUCAAAGAGCGGCCCUUCAAAGUCGACUCGUCGAAAGGCGGGUCCUCAUUUAACAACACAUUCUACAUCAAAUUCCGCCGGAUCUUUGCAAGCAACUACAAAAUCAAGUCAUUUGACGCCUGGUGUUAGUUCAAGUUCACGCUCAAUACCAGCUUCACCUCCAAAUCCAACAAAGCAGUCAUCAACGAAGACGGCUUAUCCUGAGUGGAUUGUUUUACAGCGAGAUUUACUUGCGCGGAAAUAUCCACGCGAUCGAUUUGAUAUCACAGAGAGAUCAAAUAAGCCUAAUGAAUUCCGAAUAAGAUGUUCUGAUUGCCCCGGAAGACUCUAUCAACCAGGUCCCGAUUUAACAUUAAAUAAUUUUGAAAUCCACCUGAAAAAUCGGAUUCACCGUGAAAACGUUGAAAAGCGAAUAAAUCCAAAUCACCAUGAAAGUGAAACUAACAAUAGCACAUCAGAAGGAAAUGCAUCUGCUUCGUCAAAAUCCAGAAUAUCAAAGCCCCGGGCCGCGAGGCCUGAAUCACCGAAUGAACAAGCAUCAAGAGUUACCAUCGAAAGCUCUACUGACACUAAUAAUAUUAUUAUUAUUGAUCGCGAUCAUACGGUUGCUAUAGAGGCUUUCAUUGAUAAUCGUAGUGGAGUUCCAGAAACACCCCCGAAUACUACCACUUCGCCCGCUAAGCAAACAAAAGCAAUAUAUAGUGUAUCAAAAGAUAAAUCAAUACAAGUAAUUGACGUGUCAACAGGGGAGCUUCUUGUUGCGAAACAUAAUGCACAUGAUGGUCCGAUUAACUGUGUCCAACAAUUAAAUCAAUACGUGCUUGCGACGGGUGAUGAUAACGGAGUCAUAAAAUUAUGGGAUACUCGACAGGGAAACGAAACGAUGGAAUAUUCUGAACAUAAGGAUUUUAUUUCAGAUCUGGCAUUUAGUGCAGAACACAAAACCUUGGUGUCUACAAGUGGUGAUGGCACAUUAUCCGUCUAUGAUAUAAGACGUCCGAAUUUACUAGCAAUGUCAGAUAAUCAAGAUGACGAAUUGCUUUCCAUUGCUAUUAUUAAGAGUGGCCGUAAAGCAGUGGUAGGAUCACAAGAAGGAAUUCUUAAUUUAUUUAGUUGGGGAAAUUGGGGAGACUGUAGUGAUCGGUUUCCUGGACAUCCUAAUUCCAUAGACACAAUUGUAAAAAUUACCGAGGAUUUAAUUUGUACGGGGUCUAGUGAUGGGAUUAUACGAGCCGUUGGCAUUCUCCCAAAUAAAUUCAAAGGUGUAAUUGGUGAUCAUGGUGACGAUAUGCCAAUAGAACGGAUUCGUCUUUCUUAUGAUCAAAAUUAUUUGGCUAGUUGCUCUCACGAUAAUACUGUAAAAUUUUGGGAUAUCGGAUUUCUUUUUAAUUUAGAAGAGGAAGAUAAUCAUAGUGAUGAUGAUGCUGGUACACAACAAAUGGAUACAGAUGGCGAUGAGGAUAGUGAAAGUAGUUCGGAUGAUGAGGUGGAUAAAGAGGAGAGGAAUGGGAUCUCACACAAUCAGGGAAGUUCUUUGAAUGGACCAGGAUCUAAUAAUAACAAUAAUGGAUUCUUUGCGGAUUUAUAA